AUUCAAUCAAGUAUGUUAGUCAGUUAGUAGUCUCAAGGAAGUAUUUAAGUGGCUUUUAUUUUUAGAAUACCUGACAUAAGAAGUCAAUAACUUAUAUACGCAUAAAACAGACUACACAGCAUGAAUAAUCCUGAAAUGCCGUAUUUCCCUAAGGGAAAUUACUCUGGAAAUUCAAUACCAAAUACCGACUGGAAUGAUUUCUCGCAUAAAAGCCCACUCAAGCAACAGCAUUUGUUUAACAGUAAUGAAGGUCUUUCAUGUACCCCACAAGUAAGUAUUAACUUAAUUGAUGGUGUUUCGAUAAAGUCAGCCUUCCACAAUCCAAGUAUCCCUUAACGACUAAAUAAUUCAAAACUUCUAGAUAACCUUGUUUUUUAUAGCCAUCGUGCCACUUUUUGUCCGUAAAAUGCGGUUGACGUUCCGCGUAUCCGUUGAUUAAGCACAAAAUACGAAUUAUGAACAUUCAAACUACCAAGAGUGCUUUUGUUACAUAGUAGUUUUUCUUUAUGUAACCAGAAUCUUCCACAUGUACUGACGCUUCUGAUAUUCCCGGCGAAAUAUACAUAUUUUCUCUUCAUAGUUGGGUAAUUUUUUAUAGGUUGACCGUAAGGGCGCAAACCACCAUAUCGUUUUAGACGGUGACAGCGCCACUUUGCAUUAGGAUCUAAAGGGACUGGUGAGUAUUCAGUGUCAUUCUAAUUAGGUACUUACAAAAUUUCGUUUUUGUCUCGGGAGCCUGACCUACCUCAACUACCUGGGUGUUGUGAUCACAUACCCUCCAGUAUUAUCUGAUAGUAGUCUUCAAUCGCAGCAGAUGUGCGGUUCGAGUACCACUGGGUUCAUUUUAUUUCACUCAAAUUAUUUCUUUGCGACUAAUCCAAGAAAGCUGGGUGCUCAUCGUCCUUUAAUUAAGUCGAGAUUUUAAACAGAAAAGUGAUUUGAUUUGUAUCGUCGCAUUCCGUUUUCAUCCAGGUCAUUUAACGUUCACAACCACUAAACUAGGACUGUCUGGAUAGUUUAUACUCUAUGUGAUGCAAAAUGACAAGCUAUAAAUUAAUGCCCCGGUGUCACUCAACCUAGUUUUCUUUGAAUCAGCUUCAUACACAGGACUAGACUUAUUAGGGAUAUGUUAUGCUGUCCAGCUAUCCAAGUCUGUACGAGCUAGCAACUUCGAUUGGCAUUCCUCCCAUGGCGCUCCGUCAUUCUUUAUUUUGUACUUCCGUUAGACGCCAACAUCCGGUAAAGUAGCGACCGGAUACCUAUGGCCACGUAUUUUUUACUCUUCAUGACUAGAUGUAUUUCAGAGCAAACUGGUAUAGUUUGUCCGUCCAACUAAUCAGUUUGAUAAAAGCUGGAUGAACCUAUUUUCUAUUUUGCUGACUAACGAUUCGUCAUCUUUGUUAAGAGCUCAGAGACAAGCAUAGUGACUUGCAUGUAAUAACUGAGAUCUAAGAUCAUACGUAAAGUGAAUGAGGUUGAAAAAAGUCUGAGGCUCAAGGCGGAUUAUCGUCGAAAUUAUUUUGAUCAGAAUGAAUUUCAUUUAUCAUCAAAUCUUAUAAUUCCUUCUCUGUAGAAAAAUGCCAGCUGACUGUUCAAGUACUUUAAGACGUUUAUUACUAACUAACUAGAAAUUUUCAUGCGUCAUUUUUUUCGUAAUCUGUGUUUCUCCAUUAAAACCCUUUGGUUUCAGUAAUGUAUUCUAUCAGUUUGUGUUCCUGAGUGAAAAUGCAUGUCUACAAGCCUGCUUAGAAUAUCUAGGUUGUUAGUAUUACUUGGCUUCUAAAAUCUUAAUAGAUGGAGCAUUGUUUGAAAUUGCAGCCUAGUUGUUGGAAGACAAGCGUUUCAAACAUUAAACUGACGUUUCACUACUCGUCACUAAUACUUUGCCGUUUUUUGUACUCCUUGUAAUAAAAUGCUCAGGUGGGAAUUAUGACAAUUUAUCCUCGUCUUAGGUGUGGCUAAUAGUGUAAAGUUUUCAGAAUAAAGCUUAACCUAAAAACCAUGAGCAUCCUUGUAAGCACAUCGAUCGUGCGGACUGAUGAGUCACUAUUUCUUGUUAUUUGACAGUUUUUGUUUCCUGGUCCUUUGCAAACGAGCAUAGUAUUUGUCUGUUGAAACCAUCUCAAAUUCGUUCGUUGAUAUAAUGCAUAUAUUAAGUAUAAAUUCCUGUACUGAGUGUUGAGGCUCACAAGAUAUAUAGUGACUAUUAACACUAGUUGGCUAUCCAAUCUGUGCUAACUGGAUCGGAUUUAAUAUUAUCACGUUCCCACUUCAUAAAAUCUUACUUCUGUAUUUAGGGCAAGUAUUUGGUCAUUUCUAACUCUAAACGAUUCUUUACUUGUGUAUUUUAGGCUAAUAGGGUAUUAACACAAUCAACAACAGAUCCUUAUCAGUAUCCAGCUUAUCCUAAUACUCUUAAUUGCGUGGAAGGACGUAGUUCAAACGAAUCUUUCCAGAAUUCCAUACCAUCAUCUGGGUUAUUCACUAUUCCUUCAGGAACUCAAAAUCAACUGAAUUACUCGGUUCCACAGCUUGUAUCAGCACCUCCACCUGAUUAUGGUAUAAAUGGUCCAUCUGCUACUACCAAUAAUACGAAUUUAGCGUACAUACCUACCACUAGGCCUACAUCAGAAGGUUUUCUUCAUCCGCCUCGGUCGCAUGAAAUAAAUUCACAUUCUCAGUCUUUUCCAACCACAAAUACUGUUUCCAGUUCAUCUACUCAACUAAAUAGUCUAUAUUCACCCUUUCAUGCAAAUGCCUACCCGAAUUUUAACUCAUCUAAUCAAUACAAUCCGUCGGUUUAUAGUCCCCUACAUUCACCUACUAUAGAAAAUAAUCAGGUCUAUACUUCGCAAGGUAAUUCCAAUUCUGUGUGUGACUACACUGGUUAUUCUCAGUCUUCAAACUUAGAGUGUCGUUCAUCUGUCCCGUUUAAUUCAGGUGGUCACCCCACAUCGGAGUUUACCAAUAUGCAAGCAGUUCCUCAAGUUUACGGUGAGCAACAACAACAUUCAUCCCUUAAUUCUCAAUUUGACAAACCUAGUCCCAUAUUGCCCCCAAAUCCAAGAACACUUACUCCUGGACAGAAUGCACUACCUUUCACAACAGCUUAUGAUAUGGAUCCAUCUGUUAAGUCGCCUAGUCUCUAUCCACCACGUGUCACGAAUGAGGCGCAUGCAGUUCCAAAUUCUGUCGGAUCAUAUGGAAUGGCUGCACCAUUGCCUCCAGUUCCCAUGAUGACUAAUAAUGCAACAUAUCAAAACCACCCGCAACCACCUCUUCCAAGACCUGGAAAUACGCUACCGUCUACCAUACCUCGACAUACAGCUUAUGAACAAUCUGGUGUUUUUCGAACACCAGGGACUGCAGCGUCUAUAUCUGACUGGAGCAGUUUAAAAACACCGAUCAACCUUCUUCAAGAACGUUGUUUGUUACCAUCAGAUGGACCCGAUCUACCACCCAAACCUGCAUUGACUACUCCAAUUAAUUGUGAUCAAGACGUAAUGCGAUGUACUUUAACAAAUGUACCAUCAACUUCGAAACUUUUGACUCAGUGUCGUUUACCUCUUGGUCUUGUUAUGCAUCCGUUUCGAGAUAUGAGUAGUCUGCACACUAUUAGUUCAACCACCAUAGUACGUUGUCGAUCUUGUCGUACUUAUAUCAACCCGUUCGUACAGUUUAUGGAUUCCGGUCGACGCUGGAGAUGUAGUGUUUGCUUUCUGGCUAAUACUAUCCCAGAUGAAUUUUACUAUGACCCUGGAACUCAGACUUAUGGUGAUCCUUCUAGAAGACCUGAAAUUCGUUCUGCUACUGUAGAAUUCAUUGCACCUUCAGAAUAUACAGUUCGCCCUCCUCAACCAGCUACUUACCUUUUCUGUUUUGAUGUUAGUCAUAACGCAAUUGCCACUGGUUAUUUACAGCUUGCCUGCAAACGUUUAGAAGCGUUGAUUGAUCGGAUCCCAGGUGACUGCAGACGUCAGAUAGCCUUUAUGACCUUUAAUUCUAGUGUUCACUAUUACAAACUUUGUGGGGAAACUAUGAAAAUGUUGAUUUGUCCUGAUUUAGAGGAAAUAUUUCUACCUGAUGAUGAAGGUUUGAUUAAUAGAGUUGAAGAUUCAGGUGAUUCAUUACGCGAUUUUCUUCUGCAUUUACCUGAAAAUUUUGUCGGUACAAAUGACACCGGAAAUUGUCUUGGAUCUGCUUUACAGGCUGCUCUGAAGCUGAUUGGUGCAGUAGGUGGCCGGAUAACCGUAUUCACUACUUGUCUGCCAACAGUUGGUUCAGGUGCUCUCAGUUUGCGAGAAGAACCUUGCGAUCGGAGUUCAGUCGACGUGAAGCACUUGGGCCCAUCAACUGACUUCUAUAAAACAUAUGCUUUGGAUUGUUCACAUAAGCAGGUAGGAGUUGAUAUGUUUAUUUUCAAUUCUCAAUAUUGUGACAUUGCCACAAUAUCUGGAGCUAGUCGAUUUUCAAGUGGAACAGUUCAUCAUUAUCCAGACUUUUAUUAUACACCAGAUGAGGAUGAACAUAUGUUACACGCUGAUGGUAAAAUUAAUGUUACGUCAGAUGAUUGUAAUAAACAACAAAAAAGUGUAUGCAUUGGAGUGGAACAAUUUCGUCGAGAUUUCGACCGGUAUUUAACCAGAAAACUUGGCUUUGAAGCUGUUAUGCGUAUUCGAUGUACUCAAGGUUUAGCCAUUCAGACUUUCCAUGGUUCAUGUUUUGUUCGUUCUACGGACUUGAUUGCUUUACCAAAUGUGAGCCCUGAUUCUGGUUAUGCUGUCCAGUUAGAUAUAUCUGAAAGCUUAGAAAAAUGUGCUACAGUCUGUUGCCAGGCUGCUGUAUUAUAUACUUCAUCGAAAGGUGAUCGUCGCAUUCGUGUACAUACUUUGUGCUUACCAGUUGUGCACACAGCAACUGAAGUGUUUCAAGGAGCAGAUCAAGGUUCAAUAGCUUGUCUUCUAAGUAAAAUGGCUGUUGAUCGGACGAUAUCUUGUGGUCUUUCAAACGCUAGAGAAGCUUUAGCGAAUGCUGUAGCAGAUGCUUUAUCAGCAUACGCUACCACUUCUGGUAUUACACUUAGUAGUAACUCAACAGCUUACGGUCUACCUUGUCCACCGAAUCUACGACUACUUCCUUUGUAUAUUUGUGGUUUGCUUCGUUUUAAAGCUUUCAGAGUUGGAGUAACGACACGUUUAGAUGAUAGAUCAGCCGCUCUAGAGCGAAUUAAAACUGCUCCUCCUACUGAUUUAUUAACUUUAAUAUAUCCAAAGUUAUAUGCUGUACAUCGCUUCGUUUCAAAACCUUUAUCUUCUCAUGCAACCCUUGCACAAAAAGCUGCUAGUCUUCGUUUAGUUGAUCAUGAUGACGACCAACGUCCUUCUGAUUGUGACGGAACAUCCUCUUCAAAUGGAAGUGAAAGUAAUUCAGAAGCUGAUCAGUUACCAUGCCAAUUACACUUGUCAGCUCAAUAUAUUACACGAUCUGGUGUAUUUUUACUGGAUACUGGUGAACUUUUAUUACUAUUAGUCGGCUGUGGUGAAGAUGUUCCUCCAGGAUCAAACAAUGAUUCGGACAUUUUACGUCAACUUAUUGGUAUUUCAUCACCACGUCAACUGCCUGCCCAAGGUGGUCCUUUCGUAUUGCCACCCAUUAAUUUAUCUAAUGAAAAACGAAAUACAAUUACUAAUGAUAAUACUUCUAUUUCAAUUGGCCGUCGUAGGUUAUCUGCUCUAAUAAACCUAAUUCGAAGACGUCGACCAAUUAAUAAUGCUUUAGUUCUCAUGCGUCAUGAUUCAUCGUCAAACCUUAGAUCACUUUUCUUAUCUUGUAUGGUUGAGGACAAGACAGAAUCAGCUCCAUCAUAUCAGGAAUUCCUUCAAAUGAUUCAGAAUUUAGUCAGAACAUAAUUUUUAAAGUAUGCUUAUGUUAUACUUUCUUUCCUUAUGAUAAUAUAUCUUUAAGGCUUGAUGAUGAUGUAAAAAUGGAACGAAGUGGUUCAUCGCUGUUUUUGGUGCCUUUAUAGUUGAAUAGUAGUGAUAAAUUAAUCAGCUCAUUCUUAAGUAUAGUGUAAUUUCUUCUUUUCAUUGUUUCCUUGCUUUUUUUAAAAGAAAAAAGAACAAAUCUUGUAAUCAGAUUGAUCAAUUUUAAAAGCGAUAUCAAUAUCAUUAUGAUCCGUCAUUAACAAUUCAAUUGUUUUACGAAAUUUAUUGAUUAUUUCACAUUUAUUCCCCCCCCACACUUUUUCCUUCCUUUUUUUCUGUACUGUUUGUUAUUUUAUUCAUAUCCUUUAAAAAAUGUGAAUAAGUCUUAAAAUCUCCAACCGAUUAGUUAUGAUAACAAAAAGAGAGUACUAUAUUUAAGAGUAAUUUAUAAUUGAUGAAUUAUUUAUUUGUUUAACUAAUCUAUCAGUUAUUACUAUGCAAAGUUAAAUUUAAGUAUUCAACUUUUUUUUUCUUUACUAAUAAUAUUUUUUUGAAAAAAACCCCAUUUUUUUUCUUUACUACCAUCAUACUUAAAGAAGUUUAAGUAGAUUUUUUUUUGUUCCUCUUAAAUAUUUCUUUCUUGAACUAGUUUUUGUUUUAACUUCCUGUUAGUGUUAUGAUUUAACAUCUUUUAUUUUAAUUAUCUCUCUUUGAACUUUAUGAAGAUCCAUUUAUUGUGUUAUGGUGUAAUAAUUUAAUACAUGUGUUUUGUGUUGAUAG